AUGGCUGCUGGGCCGCGCGGACCGCGCGGACAUGGUUACUACGGGAACGGCGGGCAACAUGACGCUGGUAGGAGCGGCGACCGUGAGCGGCCGCGACCGUCCCAAGAAAAAGACAAGAGCAAGAAGAAGGCCAAAGCCAAGACCAAGAAGCAAAGCAGAGAGCACGAUGGUCCGCCGCCACCCAGCAGGUGGGAUGACGGACCGAGGCUGCCAGAUCCAGCCAAGCUGCCCAAGCCCAAGCCGUGGACGUCCAAGCUUCCGCCGCCGAUUCCACAUGGCAGCGGAGGUAGCGGAGGUCGUACGCCGUCGCGCACCCCGUCGCGCACUCCGUCGCGGUCACCGUCUGCACUGGGCACGGUGGCGGGCGGAGGGCGGUCAGGAUCGCGUUCGCCGGCGCCUCCGCGACGGCUGGCGCCGAUCGGCGCGCCGCCUCCGGCGGCAGCGGUGGCGGCAGUGGCAGCAAGUGAUAGUGGACGGUCCAAGCGUGCGCCGACACAUCAGAUGACGCGGACUGACACGCUCGCGUCGCUGACAAACGCCUCGCUCGAUUUGUACAAGGCAUGGCUGUACAAGCAGUCGAAGAGCGGGACGCGGUGGGACAAGUUUUGGUGUGAGCUAUAUGACGACGGCAUUCACUGCUGGACGAACAAGCCGAGGCGCGGAGGCAAGCGCCGCGGAGUGGUCUCGUUUGACGAGAUCGCAGUCCAAGCCGUGUAUGCGCGCGGGCGGCAGCGCGAUGGGCGGCAUGUCUUUGCCAUUGCCACUGCCGAGCGCGAGUACGUGUUUGGCACCGAGGCUGUUGAUGAGUACGAGAUCUGGCUCGAGCUCAUGGCUGAGGACUACGAGGUUGUUGAUCAGAGAGGCGACAGCGGGUCCGAUGACGCAAGUGAUGAAGACUUCUGAGCAUUCAGCGCUAUUGUGAUUGAUGAGAGGCCGAGGCAGUGGGGGAGAUGGGGGAGAGAGAAUGGCGUGUGUUGGGCAGGAGUGGCGAGUUGGAAAACUAAUGGUUGUUAUUCUUGACAAAUGUGGUCAAUGGUAAUAAAGAGGUGCGGCAGGA